GGGAAAAGUUCGUCGUCUUGUUUGUUCUGGUUUUCUUGAGUAAUAAAUUGGAACCCACUACCGUACUAUCAGGUAAAUAGGCCUACAGAAACUGCUGGCAACAAUGUUCGUACUGUGGUUGUUUAUCAGCGCGUUUCACUGUGCAAAUGCAGACGAUGCAGGUUAUAUGGUACUGGCAUCAGAUCGUGAAAGUGCUAAAAUUUUCUACUCUUGCUUAAAAACUGAAGACCAACCACUGAACCUCAGCAAAUCAAUCGCCUUACCCGUAGGAGCAACAUUACGCGGUAUUGCAUACGACCAAGUGGGAGAUAAAGUUUAUUGGUCAGAUAAGAUUGAAAAAAAAGUAUUUCGAAUGGACAUGGAUGGAACAAAUAUUGAAGAGAUAUAUUCAACAUCAUAUGUAAAUUGUAUGGAGAUUGAUGCUUUAUACCGUCAGUUGUAUUACUUCAGUCGUAAAGGCCGUCUGAUGCGAGUUUACAACAUCAGCAACGGAGAUCAUCUCACGUUGUUCACAUUUACAUUUCCAGAUGUCUUUGAUCUACAAAUAGAUGGCAACUAUCGGUUAGUUUUCACAUAAAGGUGUUCGCCAUGGACCCAACAAUAAGGAACACAAAACCUUUCUUUCUCGAUCCUGGUUUCUGCAUUUCUUGCUUCACUCCGGCAAAAAAAAAUCUGGAUCGGCCCGGCUGGAAAUAUUAACUCUUUACAUUUCAUUUAAAACCCUAUAUGCAUAUUUAAAUUAAGUUAUUUAGGUAAUAAUUUUUGUGUAAUUUUAAUAAA